GUUCUUUGUAAAUAAAUAUGGCGGUGUUGAUAAACGGAUACUAAUGGUCAAUUAGGUUAGGUUAGCAGUUACAUUGUAAAUACUUUAAAACAUUGUGGACGGUUGAUUUGGUUAGGAUAGCUACAUUAAAGAUACGGAAAAAAAGCAUGAACUCCGGGUUUUGGCUCUUCGUCUGUGAAAAGAAGGCUUCCCCUGAUGAAAAUAGAUUGACGAUAAGCCGGAACUAUGAAGAGAGUGGAGGGCAAGCUGGUGGCCAAGAGCAUGGUGUUCAAAACGCCGGAGCCCACUGUGCUUCUGCAGUUUGAGUCGCCACGCUACGGGGAUUUGUUCCUUGAGGUGGAGAGUGACUGGAUGCCAGGACUGAGCGUCGGAGAGUGUUACAGUGUGACUAACCUGCGCUGUCACCUGCGCCGGAUGAAGGGCAGGGGAGAGCUAGUCUCCGUGCUGGUGCUGAGGCCCUCUGAGCACACCUCAUGCGUGCAGAUCACGGCGCUGCCUCUGUGCUGUGGACCCAGCAUCUUCACCUGCUACCAGGGCACGGUGACGGACGUGUUCGCACCUCUGUGCAUGUACCAGUUGGAUGGUCGCGUGUGGUUGUGCCUGGCAUAUGUGUGGGUCCAUGUGCACCUGUGUGUGCCACGCGUCGGCGCCCGAGUGGAGGUGUGGAAUGCCCACUGCGUCGAGGACUGCUUGGUGCUGUGCGAGAGGGGCCACUUCACCGUCAUUGACGGCGGUGACGCAAGCAGCGCGGAGGACGGCAUCAUACGUCCACUGCAUUGGCUGCUGGAGACCCUGCAGCUGGGCUUCGCUGACGCGCUGUGGAUGCGCGCCCAGUACUGUGCACUCCAGGAGAAGUUCCGGCAACUGCUGUCCACGCUGCCACCGGAAGACGAGGCAAUCGCAGUGGACCUGAUCCUGGCUAACUUGGUGGAGCACAUGGCACGGGACAUGACCUACCACACACUGACGCUCAAGGCCGUGUUCCUGAACCACGACGAGCAGUGCUGCGUCACACGAGAGGGCGUCCUGGCCGGGGACUUGCUCACGGUGAGGGAGCUGGCAGCAGGGAUGACCGCUCCCCAGGUGUCCCAGCACUGGAGGCACAAGAAGACGCAGCACGGCCUGUCGCCCCGAGAGGCGCCCCUCGUGUGCUACCUGACCGCCGGCUGCGGCCACCUGCUGGCCAGCGACGACACCGGCAGCCUCCCCGCGAUCAUCGCCGGGCCGACUGCUGUCCGUCUGCCAUCCCUGCUGGGCGUCAUCGUCAUUAUUCCAGUCUGCCAGCUGGUCUUCGAGUGGUUCAAGGAAGUCAAGGUGCUGAAGUACCUGCAGGUGUCCCAGGACGACGUGAAGGGCGCACUAGAUCUGAAUGAGUCACUGCCGGUGGUGGGCGCGCUGUGCCCGCACUGCCACCACAUUAGAGCGAGCCACCACGACUGCCCCUCGCGCCUCUCCUUGAAGCUCCACUUGGAGCUGCAGCACAAGACGGCGCCCAUCGCAGAGAACCGUCAGAACGCUCCGUACUGCCACCUGUUGGGGCGUCUCGUGGACUACACCAAGGUCCAGGUGGAGAGGGGUGGCCUGGUGUGCCUGACCUUGGAGAAGGACCUGGUCCCCCUGCAGCAGGCGCUGAGCGUGGGGGCGACCUACGAGGUGUGCCUGCCUCCCUCGGCCAAGCUCUCGAGACGGAAGAUGUUCCCGAAUUACCACACCUGGAAUGGGCGCACACUGCCUGUGCAAGCUGCUUUCAUACUGCCACAUGACGUUUCACUCAAGCCGCUGUGUUUCACCGACCCGCCUUGCCUCAGGGUUUUGGACUGCCUGCGGGACGUGCCAGAUUUGUGCUGCUUCGAGGGCGUGCUGGUGACACGCCGCCACAACGAUCCCUCUUUCCCCAGCGAGCGGCUCUCCAUCGGGCUGGACGGCUUUGGGAUUCCAGGCCCUCGUGUGAUGGUUCUCACGCUGCGUGAUGAGGGGGGCUGCCUCAACGAUGAGGUGUCCAUAUUCCUCAACAACUGGAAGAUGCAGCGCUACCCUCUAGGCAUGUUGUCGGGGGCGACCGUGGUUUGUUGGCAUGCCCUCUCCAAGGUCUCGGAGGGCGGGAAACCGUACUUUGUCAACAACAAGUUCACCUGCCUCUCCGUGAAGAAGCUGAGGGCGUAGCCUCGUGACUGACGACCUUAGCCUUGCAGUUAGGGCUGAUGUCCCUGCAGCGCACCACCAGAGUGUCUUUGAACUGGUUAUUUUUAUAAGCAUACUAAAACAUUUGACUCCAUUCUAUUUUUUUGUUUCAUCUUGAGGCAGUAAAUGGGAGAGGUUUUUUUCCUUUGUCAAAACAACAUGGUGAAACUGCUUUACAUUUGAGACAUGUCCUUGGGAGACCAUUUCUCCAUAUUCAUGGGGAAAGAAACACCACAAUGUUAAACUGAAAUUAGUAUUAAUAUUACUUCAGUAGUGUCGGCAUUUAUUUACUGAAACUUACUUUUCUCAAACGUAAAGUAGAAAUGAUUUUACAAUUUUUUAUGUUACUUAAAUGUUGCAUCAAAUACAGUACUGCCAAGUAUUAUGGAUUUUCAGUAAUUAUUACUGAUUUAGACGUCUAGUUAUGGAACCAUGCAGUGUUAUGAAUUCGUUUCUAUGUAACGGGCGGCUGUGCUAGAGAUGACAUUUUGUCUAAAGAACAAAAAAUAUAGAUUGGCCGUGGAAGCGCCAGGCAGAAAACAGUACUAAACACAUUACCCAUAGGGGCACAGCGCACGCACAAUAAAAUUUAUGAUUAACCUCCUUAAAACUUGGGAAGGCUAUGUGGAUCGUGAUCACAGGAUAAGAAAAUAAUAUCUGGUUUGGUUUGUAUAGGCAUUUACUAUAUCUUACUUAAUGAUUUUGUUGCUGUUGUUUUUGUCUUUACAAAUGUUAUCCAACUGAAGAUGACCCAUGGCAUUACAGCUGAAACAAAAUUCCAAAAAAAUUGUUGACCUUAUUUGCUAUACUUAAUAUGUACAUUAAAUCUUGUUAAACAAAAUGGGAAGGCCCCAGGGCUGGAUAUUAAACAUAAGUAACAAUUGUUAUACUCAACUGAAUCUUAGGUCAUUUGGUCUUUUAACUUUACAGGCCAUUGAAUAUUGAGCGCGCAGGCUCUUCCUAAAAAAAAUUAUAAAAAAUUACAUUUACUCGUUAAAUAAAUAAAAAAGUGUCCUGAAACUGGUUGUUUAGAAUUAUAAAUUAUUUUGUGGUUUUUCCACUCAGGGGAAAAAUGUUGAAAGCUGGAACUCUUGAGAAAUUCUCUGAUUGCAGGAGGCGAUGAAUUUUGGUGAACUAAAUCAUGAACUGCGCAUUCAGGAGUUGAAUUUGGAGCGGAAUUUCUCGCCCUAAUUCUUGAGCCCCGUCUGUAACCAGUAUUCCCAUCAUAUUAGGUUGGUUAACAGGCGGCUGAUGUUGGGCGAAGUUAAGCCCAGGGGAAAAGCAAAAGGAAAAGUGUGUGUGGGGCGACGAAACAACUUACCUAAGCUGCGGGGUGAAGUAGAUCAGGUUGGUCCCUGGAGAUGGCCAGGUGACACGUGACGCGGAAGUUCGCGGUAGCCAUGAAGAAUAAUAAGUUAAGACAAAAAAACUAUUUCAGAAACUUAACUAUUUCGGGCAGCUAAAAAAAAUCAAAAAUUUAGUGCUGAGGCACAUGGCCUUGUCGAUAACGACAACAUGCUUUAGAGAAAGACGAUCACAACUUUUCAGAAGCGCGUUGUCUUGGGCUGCGAAGAGAGAUGCACCCUUACCGUGUGCUGCCCGCCGAAUCGUCAAAAAUGGUGCCGGCUCAUCUAACUAAAACUGCCUUUGGUCACCUGUCCAGGGGAGGGGCUUCGAAAAACCUGAAGGGAACCAGAAUGGUUCCAAUUGGAGUAGCCACACUCUAGCGCGCCCUGGCGAGUGUGCACGGAACUACAAGCCCUAAACGACCUCUCGACUUGGAUGCAAGUCGAUCCUUAAGACCUGGCUUGGAUAGGAGGGGACUAUGCUGUCCUCUGGCGGAGAGGCGAUAGAGCAUGCCCGGUAGUUGGCGAAACUCCCGCGAGAUGUCGUGAGGAUGCAGGGCUGCGGCUAUCUGGAGCGCGAGGGGCUGUGGCCUUCAUCCUGGGCAUUGGCGCGGCUGUGGGUUAUGACCUCCGUGGACCAGAAGAAAAAGGAUAAGGGGGGGGGGGGGGGGGUUACGACCGGUGACUGACCCGGCCUGGGAACAGGCUGGUCCGACACGACGAUACGUGUUUUUGGGCUGAUGAACAGAACACCGUUUCGUGAGAGGGACAGCUAACUUCAGCACAGCUCGAAGAAGAGGAUUUAGCAUCUUUAGCAGCAGAGAACAGCUUUUCUAGUCACGCUACCGUCUAGGGUGAACAGCUCGACGCGUGACGCCUAGCAGGGUCCAGACGAGACGAUUGCUGGCCCAGCAUGUCGCCAGCAAACUUCAGCCUUAAUCGCUGGGAACGGCGUUGGGAGCACUAGACUGCUAAACAAACUAACCUGUCGGUACACUCGACUGAACAAAUCUCGAUGAGGAAUAAAGGUGUGGGACAUCAUAUGGAAGAUAAAAUAAAAAAAAUAAAAAAAUAAAUAAA